CAUCCCUAACAACAUAACGAACCAUAAGCGUGUUUACGGAGUUAAAGUUAAACAGUGAAGGUUUGAAAGGAAAAGAAAGGCUUCGUGCAAAGAGUAGAGGGAUGAAGUUCCCUGUGGAUCUCCUGGCUGAUGUUAGCCAGACAGAGCUGGAACACUUAGCCCACAACUGCAUGAACAACCUCCUCUACAGCAACCCAGAUUCUCCUGAACGCCUAACCCUCUCUGACUCUACCCAGGUCACCAUAGACAUUUCCAGUGUGGGCUUUGUUCCUCUGUAUGGAUCCAGUGAUAAACAGAAGAUCCUGGCCCUCUUUUCCCCCAGUGACCCAUUCACUGCUGUGGCUCUGUACCUACUGGACCAGUGGUGGACAGUCGAUGAUAUUCUCAAGACCACAGACCUUGCUCGACACGGAGCUGUGGAGGUGGAGACAGUUGGAGAGAGAAUAGUUUUAUACAUCCUUAAUCGUGUCAUCUAUAGAGCCAAGGAGAUGAGCUCUGAUGAGCUUCCCUUCCUUUGCCAUGGAGAAAAAGAUCAUGCAAAAAUCCUCUGGAAUAAUGGAGAGGCAGUUGGCUUCUACUCAGUCAAACCCUCAGGCAGCUUAUGCAAUUCUUUUUCAACCAGAAGCUAUCAGCUCCCUGUGAUGGACUCAAUAUUUGUCCGAAAAUGUCAGCGUGGUAAAGGCUUCGGCCUCCAGAUGCUCGAGGACUUUGUGCUUAGUUUCAAAGAGGACUGUCUGGGGUUGAGGUACCCCCUUUCACCAUCCAUGUAUAAAGUGUGUGAGAAGUACCUGUGUCAGUAUCCAGGAGACACAGGCCUGCUGUGGGAGGUGGAGGGCAUAGGUGGGCCCAACCAGAGGACAAAUGUUGCCAGUAGGAUUCAGGCCAUGGAGCAGAGUGCAGUAUCCAAGAACCUGUCAUUCACAGAAGAAUCACUUGUGAUUACCCAAAUGACCGAAAAGGGUGUGGCGAUGGAGGCAGUUACCACUCAGAUAAAAGAUGCUGACUCAGUGGAAUGCACUGUUGAAAUUGUGGAGGAAGUGACAGUACUGAGCGCUACCAUAGUGCCCCUCACAGCGAGGGGGAGGAGCAGUGGCUCAAAACGAAGGAAAACAGGAGAAAAGAUUGCAGAGGACAAGCCAGAAAAAGUACUCAGAAUUGAGGAUAUUGAAGCAGAAACUCCCAGAGGGGAGCAAGUUUCUGCGCAACAGGAGACAGAACUGCAUAAUGUCUCUGAAUUGGUACAGACUGAGGGUAUGAUCAGUGUGGCUCCUGAAGGACAAGGAGAGGAUGCAGUUGAUACUGUACCUGGAGAAACAGUUCGCGUGUUGGACCAACCAGCCACUGUCUUAGCCCCACAAGACCUAGAGGAAGCUGAUGUUACAUUAGCACCUAUGACUGAAGAGCCACAAGUAGAAAAUGAUACCCCACAGGAUCUGACCAACACAUCCCGUGGCUCACAGAUAACAGUUGAGAAUGUGGCAUCAGAAAUUGAGGAAGCAGGGAAAGAGUAUCAGAAUGAAGACACUGCAGUGCUAGUCGUUUCUGAAGAGGUUUUGGAGGUACACAAGGGAGCAGAAACUCUGGACAAAGUAGGAGAGAAAACUCAAAUUGGGGACACUGGUGAAAAGUUAGAAAAAAAAGUUACACAACAUGAGGUGAGUCUGUUAACAUAUGCAACAUCAGAGGAUGGUGAAGCUGGAAGAACUGGAAAAACAAGGAGAACUGUUGUAAAGGCCAUAAAAACUGUACAGAGUGAAACCCCCAGACGGAGAUCUAAGCGGCAGCACAAGCUACAGGAGGGGUUAAAGGAGGAAUCUACAGUCCAGGGCGGAGACUUAAUUUUGAGAGGAAGAACUGUUACAAAGACCCCCACACCUAAACGCAAAAAUCCCUGCUGCAGCCAGAAAGUAAGUGAAGAACUAGAGAAAGAGGCCAAUGAAGUGGCAGACGAGAAUGAAGUUUCCAUAACUGAUGUAGUGGAAGAGUCAGCUGUAAUUGAGAGAGAGCAAGAAGAAAUGACCUCUGUAAAAAGGGAUGUAGUUAAUGUGGAAGAAUUAACAGAAGAAAAGCAACAGCCCAAAGAUGAACAACUAGCAAAUGAAGGGGAGGCAAAGAAACAACAUCAGCCUGGGGUGGAAGACACUGUAGUGAAGGGAUGUUCCACAGAGCUUCCCAAUAUAGCAGAAACUGCAUUGACAAAGGAAAAUGAGGAUGAAAAAGUUACAGAUGAAUCUCAGAAAAUACAAAAAGGCGAGAAGGUAGAAACAUCAGUGAUAGGGGAUAAACAAGAUGUCUCUGAUGAUGAGAUACAGGAGCCCCCUGUUGCACAGAAGAGAGCCUUGACAGGCAGACUUAAAGUCACUCCCAAACCUCAGCCCACAAGACAAAGCAAAAGACAUCAGCAACAAAAGGCAGAGCACAUAGAUGAAGCUGACCUGGAAACAGGAGGUUCUGCUGGUGAAGAGAAAGCAGAUGAACAACCGACAGACAAACAGAUGGAUGAACACCACAAGGAUGAACAAGAGGAGACUGCUGACAAAACAGAAGAAGAUAUAUCAAUAGAGGAAACAACUGUUUUGAAAAAAAGUCAAAUUCCACAGACAGAGAAGACAGCAGAGGAUGUUAUACCUUCAACUGAGGUAAAUGUGGAAGGGACCAAGGAAGUACAAGAAAUGGAAGAGACUGAGGGAGAAGCAGAAAAGGAGAAAGAGUCAGUCAGUGUCUUCAGGAAGGGAGGGUGUUCUGCUGCUGCCACAGCUAGACUUAAAAUAGCCCACACACAGUGUCAGACAGAGGAAGGAGAAGAAGAAACUGAAGAGAUUGAAAGAGAGGAAGAAGGGACAGGACAGGAAUUGUCUGAGGAGAAAGGGGAGGGGGUAGGGGAAGAAGAAAAGAGUGUGGAAAUGGAGAAAGACAAAGAUGUGGAAGAGUCUUUGUCUGAUGAAGAAAUGAGCACUCAGUUAGCUCAGGCAGAAGAAAAUACACAGCUAGAAGUUGAGAUGGAAAAGCUAGAAGCUGUGGCACAGGAAUCGGUCACAGAGCAAGAGACAGUGAAAGAGGAACAGUCUGCUGUAUCAGAGACAUGUGCAGAGGGACAGGAAGUGGCUUCUGUUGGAGAAAGUUCUGAAAAGACACCUAAUGCAGACAAGGGAAUGGUUACUGUUAAGGCAGAAGCACCGCCUGUUGAAACAGUAGUUCGUAGAAGUGGUGAAAAGACAGUGAGAACCACAAGAAGCAAAACCACAAAAAGACAAGAUGAUGAGCAAAAACAGUCGGCUGUUAAGAAAAGCACAGAAGAAGGUGAGCUGGCAGUACUGGCAGUAGAAACAAGAUUUUUUAGGAGGGGAAGGAGGUCUGCUGCUGCCACAGCUAAACAUAAAUCCAAAAGAGCCUGCACACAGUGUCAGACAGAGGGAGAAGGAGAAGAAGAAAGUCGUCCUGCUGAAGAGACUGGAAGAGAGGAAGGAGAGACAUGGCAGAAAUUGCCUAAGGAGAAACGGGAGAAGGUAGAGGAAGAGGAAGAGAGUGUGGAAAUGGAGAAAGACAAAGAUGUGGAAGAUGAAGUUGAGAGUACAGCUGGGGAAGAAUUUGCCAUAGGAGAUGCAAAGCAGAUGAAAGAUGCCUCAACGGAGGAAGCAGCAGUGCUUGAAGAGGAGGACAACAGUGACAAAGAUGUUGAUGAGAUCACUACUGACACAGUACAGAUUUCACCAGCUGAGGUAGGAGAGACUAACUCAGCCGAGGAAGAGGAAACCAUGGUUCUUGAAAAACCCACUGUUGCUCCUGAUGUGGGAUCAGACACUGCCAUUGUCACUGGUGUGGCGGGUGAUGUGAUACAAGAGCCUGAUACUGUGGCUGCUACUUUAGAAGCAGUCAUACCUGAUAUAGCUCUAGGUGAGGCUGAUGCAUCAGCAGCUGGAGAGCCUCAGGAAAAGGACAUUGGCUCUGAAAUCCCCAAGCUCCAGAAAGCCACUAUUAUCUUAGUAGACAUAAAAACAAGCUGUCAUCAUCUUAGUGUAAAGGAGGCAGAAGAAACACCAGUUGCCAGAGUGCAUGCUGCUUCAGAAAAUCAACAGGAAGAGGAGAAUGGAGAUAAACAGGAGAACAUUAAAGAAAAAUCUGUAGAGGCAACUGUAGAGACAGAGACCUCCAAGAAGGAAGAGCUUGAAGAAGACAAUUCUGAAAAAGAAAAGGAUGAAUCUGCUGAUGUGGAUGAGGAAAUGAGGAAAGCAGAGGAAGCACUGAUUACUGAAAAACAAACAGUUGAAUCAAGCUGUGAAUCAACAAGUAGAAGUGACCAACAAAAGGAGGAAGACAACACAGGUGAGGGUAUAACUAAAAAUGAGAUGGAUGAAGUAGAAACAGGCACUGAUGAGGUGGAAGAAGAGAUGGAAUCUGUGGAUAAGGAUGCAGUUAUAGUAAUAGUUCCAGUGGAGAAGAAGCAGUCUGCAGUUUCUGAGAUAUGUAGAGAAGCAGACAUUUCAACAGGAGAUGAUGCUGAAGAGAAUCUUCCACCAGCUGAGGUAGAUAAAGCAAUGAGCUCGGAAGAAGAAGAAGAAGAAGAAGAAGAAGAAGAAGAAGCGGCAUCAGUUAUUGAAACCAGAGCUCUGAAGCGUCAAACAAAACCAAGCAAAGCUACACCAAAACGCAAAAGCACCAGAAGAAGAAAGCAAGGUGAUGCACAAGAAGAAGACAACAACAACAGGGAAGAACAACUAGCAGUGACAACGAGAACACUGAGGAGUGGCAGGAUAUCUGCCUCUGACACACAAAAAGGCAAAUCCAGAAGAAGCUGCAAACAAAUCCAGGAAGGAGGGCAAAAUGUAGAAGAGAAAACUCAAAGUGUCAACAAAACAAGGGUAGAAGAAGAUGAGGCUGUAGAACCACCAGCUAUAGAAAAGAUAGAUAAAGAGAUGGAGGACAAAGAUGAGACAGUAGAAAAGUUUGAGGAGGAAGCUGCCACUGAAAGAGUGGAAGACUUAGAACCAGAAAUAGAUAUGGAGGAUGGGAAAGCAGUAGCAAUGCAAGCACAAGAUGGAGUGGAAGAGCAAUUAGAAAGUAUAUUCAAAACAUUUGCAGAAAAGGAGGUGGAGGCUUCAGGUGAAGAAUGUGAUGAAAGGAAACCAGCCAUGGGGUGUGAGGAAAUGGAGCUACUGCCAGAUGCUGUCACCAGAUCUCUGAGAAGUGGUCAAAAGAUGUCCAAAGCUUCACCAAAAAACAAGUCCAGACAAAGCAAAAAACAGCAAGAUGAAAUGAAGGAGGGGGGGGCAUCUGCAGAAAAGAGCACUGAUGGAAAUGAACCUCCAGCAGAAACAAGAAUUUUGAGAGGGGAAAGGAAGUCUGUUUGUGGAAUACACAAACAACUCAAGAAAGAGGAAGACGGAUUGAAGGAAUCAGGUGAGGAAGCAGGGGUAGUGGAAGAAGAAGAGGCAAGGCUGGGAUCAGUCAAAGAGCCACCAACAGAAGCGGAUGAGGGGAAGGUCCCAGAUGAGGAUAAAACAGAGAUGGAGAAUGAAGAAUUUGUUCCUGUAGAAGUGAGAAAAGUAGUGUCAGAAGAGGGAACGAUGGAAAUUACUGAAGAUGAAGAGAACACAGCUGGAGAUGCAGCUGAUGCAGAUGAGUUAGUACAAGGAGAGACUGACACACCAUUACCCGAACUAGCUACGGACUCCGCUGUACUUUCACCUAGUAAAGAAGAGGCAACACAUUCAGUAGAGGAUCAACAGAGUGAAGAAAUGGCACCCAAGCUUUCUGAUCUCCAAAGACUGACUGUGGUUUUAGUGGACGUGCAAAAAAAACAUCAUGACAUUAAGGAAGUAACAGCAGCUGCCAGGCUGGGGGGUUCUGUACAAAAGACUGCCACUAACGCAGAAGAGGAGCAGAAAGAAGAAAGAGCGGCAGAGGAGAAAGUUACUGGGUUCCCUUUGGGAACAGAAAAAAAUGAGCUGGAGAAGGUGAUAGUGGACGAGGAAGAAUUUCAGGAUGAUGUGGAAGCAGUCACAACAAAAGAUACAGGGGAGGGGAUAGCUGAGGAGACAGCUAAAGAAGAAGAGGCUAAAAGUAUUAAUGAUGAGCAGGAGCCUAUAAUCACCGAAACUAAAACAUGUAGAAGUAAAAAGCAAGCAGUCAAAGCCACACCAAGUACCAAAUUAGCAAGAAGCAGACAGAAAAAGGGUGAACUAGCAAAGAAGGCUUCAACAAUUCAGAAAGUUCAAACAGUUCAAACAGUUCAAAUAAGGGUUCUGAGGAGAGGAAGGAUGUUUAGGCCUGUCACACAAAAAUGUGCAACAAAAAGAACCCACAAGCAGCUCCAGGAAAGAGAGGAAGUAGAGGGAGGAGAGAAAUCUACAGCGGUUGAGGAGAGAGUGGAAGAAGAGAAACAACAGCAGGUGAUUGAUCAGGAGAAGAAAGAGAAACUUAAAAAACGAGACGUAACUGAACAAGUGGAACAUAUAGAAGCAGAAAUGGGCAUGGACAAAGAGAAUACUUUGGCAGAGGAAGCUGUCAUACAACAAGAGGAGGAACAAGUCAACAGCACUGAGACAGCUGGAAAUGAGGAAACAGGGGCUUCAGCUGGACUGCAUGCUGAUGAGGGAAAGGCCCCUGAUGUUGCAGAGGAAGCAGUCCCAACACAAGAUACAGUGGAGGGGGAACAGUUGACCUCUGCAUCGAAGGAAGUGGAAAGUGCAUCUGGAGUAAGUACACAAGAGACAUUGUUGACAGCAAAGGAUGACAAGGCAAACAAUGUGUCUGAGAAGGAGAAAGCAACAGUUACUGAAAGAGUUCUGAGAAGUGGUGAAAAGACAGUGAGAGACACAAGACACAAAACCACAAAAAGACAAAAAGAUGAGCAAGAAGAGACAGCUGUCGAGAAAAGCACAGAAGAGGAUGAGCUGGCAGUAGAAACAAGAAUUUUGAGGAAGGGAAGGAGGUCUGCUGCUGCCACAGCUAGACUUAAAUCCAAAAGAGCCUGCACACAGUGUCAGACAGAGGAAGAAGGAGAAGAAGAAACUCCUCCUGCUGAAGAGACUGGAGGAGAGAAAGAAGAGACACAACAGGGAUCUCCUAAGGAGAAAGGGGAGGAGGUAGAGGAAGAGGAAAAGAGUGUGGAAAUGGAGAAAGAAAAAGAUGUGGAAGAUGAAGAAGUUGAGAGUGCAGCUGGGGAAGAAUUUGCUAUCGGAGAUGCAGCGCAGAUGAAAGAUGCCUCAACAGAGGAAGCAGCAGUGCUUGAAGAGGAGGAUAAAAGUGAUAAAGAUGUUGAUGACAUCAGUACUCACACAGUCCAGAUUUCAUCAGCUGAAGAAGAGGAAACCACAGUCAUAGAAAAAGUUACUGAUGCUGCUGAAGUGGGAUCUGACACUGCCCUUACUGAAGAAGAAGAAAUAGUAGGCGAUGCAUCUGAGGUGCCAGAAGAAGAGGCCCCAGCCACAACAACAAGAGCUCCUAGGAGCAAAAUAAAAACUUCACCUGCCACACCAUCACGAAGAUCCAAAAGACAGAAAGACCAAGUAGUAGUGGAGACUCAGCAGCAGGAAGAAGAACACCCUGAAGAAGAACAAGAUUAUGAGGUAACUAAUGAUUCACCUCCAAGAUCUGUACAAAAAAGGCCAAGAGUGGACUCCAGUGAAAAAGAGGAGGCAGAUGAGCAAAGUGAGACUGAGGCAGCCACUGAGAAGGAGGAAUCAGAUGAUGACAAAGACAACAAGAAAGCUAAAUCUUAUGCGGAUGAACCAAAAGAGAAGCUAGACAAUUUGUAUACAGAUAGAGAGGUAGAGACAGUAGGUAUAAGUCAAAAGGAUGAGGACAAUGAGCAGGAUAUGUCAGAGGAAGAGGUGGAGCCUAUAAUGAUUGGAAAGAGAGUUUUAAGAGGGAGGACAGUUGCUGCAGUAAUAAUCACACCUCAACCAAAAUCCAGAAGGCGCAGUGCUAAAGCUCAAACAACAGAGGAGUCUUUGUCUGAUGAAGAAAAGAACAUUCAGUUAGCUCAGACGGAAGAAAAUACAGAGCUAGAAGUUGAGAUGGAAAAGGUUGAUGCUGUGGUACAGGAAUCAGUCACAGAGCAAGAGACAGUGGAAGAGGAACAGUCUGCUGUAUCAGAGACAUGUGCAGAGGGACAGGAAGUGGCUUCCGUUGGAGAAAGUUCUGAAAAGACACCUAAUGCAGACAAGGGAAUGGUUACUGAUAAGGCAGAAGCACCAACUGUUGAAACAGAAGUUCGUAGAAGUGGUGAAAAGACAGUGAGAACCACAAGAAGCAAAACUGCAAAAAGACAAGAUGAUGAGCAAGAAGAGUCAGCUGUUGAGAAAAGCACAGAAGGGCUGGCAGCAGAAACAAGAAUUUUGAGGAAGGGAAGGAGGUCUGCUGCUGCCACAGCUAGACAAAAAUCCAAAAGAGCCCGCACACAGUGUCAGACAGAGGAAGAAGGAGAAGAAGAAACUCCUCCUGCUGAAGAGACUGGAGGAGAGGAGGGAGAGACACGACAAGGAUUGCCUGGGGAGAAAGGGGAGAAGGUAGAGGAAGAGGAAAGGGGUGUGGAAAUGGAGAAAGAUAAAGAUGUGGAAGAUGAAGUUGAGAGGGCGUUCGGGGGAGAAUCGGCUGUCAGAGAUGCAAAACCGAUGAAAGAUGCGUCAGCAGAGGAAGCAGCAGCACUUGAAGAGGAGGACAACAGUGUGAAAGCUGUUGAUGACAUCAGUACUGACACAGUCCAGAUUUCACCAGCUGAGGUAGGAGAGACUAACUCAGCUGAGGAAGAGGAAACCACAGUCAUAGAAAAACCCACUGUUGCUACUGAAGUGGGAUCUGACACUGCCAUUACUGAAGAAGAGGAAUUAGUAGGCGAUGCAUCUGUGGUGCCAGAAGAAGAGGCCCCAGCCAUAACAACAAGAGGUCUUAGGAGCAAAAUCAAAACUUCACCUGCCACACCAUCACGAUCCAAAAGACAGAAAGACCAAGGAGUAGUGGAGACUCAGCAGCAGGAAGAAGAAAACCUUGAAGAAGAACAAGACGAUGAGGUAAUUAAUGAUUCACCUCCAAGAUCUGUACAAAAAAGGCCAAGAGUGGAUUCCAGUGAAAAAGGGGAGGUGGAUGAGCAACGUGAGACUGAGGCAACCACUGACAAGGAGGAAUCAGAUGACGACAAAGACAACAAGAAAGUUAAAUCUUCUGCAGAUAAACCAAAAGAGAAGCUCGACAAUUUGUGUACAGAUAGAGAGGUAGAGACAGCAGGUAUAAGUCAAAAGGAUGUAGACAAUGAGCAGAAUAUGUCAAAGGAAGAAUUAGAGCCUAUAGUGAUUGGAAAGAGAGUUUUAAGAGGGAGGUCAGUUUCUUCAGUAACAGUCACACCCCAGCCAAAAUCCAGAAGGCGCAGUGCCAAAGUUCAAAAAGCAGAGGAGUCUUUGUCUGAUGAAGAAAAGACCACUCAGUUAGUUCAAGCAGAAGAAAAUACACAGCCAGAAGUUGAGAUGGAAAAGCUAGAAGCUGUGGCACAGGAAGCGGUCACAGAGCAAGAGACAGUGAAAGAGGAACAGUCUGCUGUAUCAGAGACAUGUGCAGAGGGACAGGAAUUGGUUUCUGUUGGGGAAAGGGCUGAAGAGACACCUAAUGCAGACAAGGGAAUGGUUACUGAUGAGGAAGAAGCACCAACUGUUGUAACAGGAGUUCUGAGAAGUGGUGAAAAGACAGUGAGAAUCACAAGAAGCAAAACCAGAAAAGGACAAGAUGAUGAGCAAGAAGAGACAGCUGUUGAGAAAAGCACAGAAGAAGAUGAGCUGGCAGUAGAAACAAGAAUUUUGAGGAAGGGAGGGAGGUCUGCUGCUGCCACAGCUAGACAAAAAUCCAAAAGAGCCCGCACACAGUGUCAGACAGAGGAAGAAGGAGAAGAAGAAACUCCUCCUGCUGAAGAGACUGGAGGAGAGAAAGAAGAGACACGACAGGGAUUGCCUAAGGAGAAAGGGGAGGAGGUAGAGGAAGAGGAAAAGAGUGUGGAAAUGGAGAAAGAAAAAGAUGAGGAAGAUGAAGAAGUUGAGAGUGCAGCUGGGGAAGAAUUUGCCAUAGGAGAUGCAGAACAGAUGAAAGAUGCGUCAACAGAGGAAGCAGCAGUGCUUGAAGAGGAGGACAAAAGUGAUAAAGAUGUUGAUGACAUCAGUACUCACACAAUCCAGAUUUCAUCAGCUGAGGUAGAAGAGACUAACUCAUCUGAGGAAGAGAAAACCACAGUCAUAGAAAAAGUUACUGAUGCUACUGAAGUGGGAUCUGACACUGCCCUUACUGAAGAAGAGGAGUUAGUAGGCAGUGCAUCUGUGGUGCCAGAAGAGGCCCCAGCCAUAACAACACGAGGUCUGAGGAGCAAAAUAAAAACUUUAUCUGCCACAUCAUCACGAAGAUCCAAAAGACAGAAAGACCAAGAAGUAGUGGAGACUCAACAGCAGGAAGAAGACCCUGAAGAAGAACAAGAUCAUGAGGUAACUAAUGAUUCACCUCCAAGAUCCGUACGAAAAAGGCCAAGAGUGGACUCCAGUGAAAAAGGGGAGGCAGAUGAGCAACGUGAGACUGAGGCAGCCACUGAGGAGCAAUCAGAUGACAACAAAGACAACAAGAAAGCUAAAUCUUAUGCAGAUGAACCAAAAGAGAAGCUCGACAACUUAGAUAGAGAUAGAGAGGUAGAGACAGCAGGUAUAAGUCAAAAGGAUGUAGACAAUGAGCAGAAUAUGUCAAAGGAAGAAUUAGAGCCUAUAGUGAUUGGAAACAGAGUUUUAAGAAGGAGGUCAGUUUCUUCAGUAAUAGUCACACCCCAGCCAAAAUCCAGAAGGUGCAGUGCUAAAGUUCAAACAGCAGAGGAGUCUCUGUCUGAUGAAGAAGAGAAUGCUCAAUUUGCUCAGAAGAGAAAAAGCACUGAGGUAACAGCAACUCGUAAAUCUAAGCGUCUCAGCAGAGAUUAGAUUGUUCUCAAUGCUAUGAUUGACUCACAUAAAAUGUAUGUAAUUGUGUUUAUACCUGAUGUUUUACUGCAAGCUUCUGUAGUGUGCAGGCUCACAGUGUAGACAUAGAAACUUUUGUACAUUUUUCAUCUUGAUUUAAAGGUAGACUAUCACUUUUGCAAUGUUACCUCCAUUAGUACGUGUUUCAUGCUAGAUAUGCUCUUAAGUUUUGGUCUGUCCAGUAGGUUAUGAUGGGUAACAUUGGCUAGUGGUAGAUGCAACUGUGUAACUGGUAUUACUGAGUCAGGUCACUGACUUAAUGACUCUUUUCUACUUUAGCUACUGUUGCACUAAGCUGUAGCAUUUACCCUUAUCCCAUAAAUGGUGACAGACCUUUCCAGGGGUACCCCACCUCGAUCAGUGCAAGCUGCAAUAGGCUCCUGUGCCCCAUGGCCCUGCAAAGGGUAAAUGGCUAGAAAUGACAAAUAGCAAUAUCUUUUUACUGUUAGGGCUUGUGACCACAGUGGCUGCUGUGCAUAAGUCACAUAUUCUUGCUUUAAAUACACUGUCUGCAAUCUAAAAAUAUAGGAACAAAAGGUGAACUUCAGGCACUCAUGCACUGAGCAGGAACAGAUGCUUUUGAAUUAAGUUAAAAAGCCUUUUUUUUGAGUAUAGAGAAAGCACACUACUGUUUCAUUCUUUAAAGUGCAAUCUCAAAAUAUAGUUUUAAACUCCCCCCUUUACACCCAGGGACACUGUGGGUCACAAUUUUUUUCACCAGUAUGUCUCAUUUAACUACAAACAAAAAACGAUGCCACCACGAUCACUCAAAAGAUUCAAGACAAACAAAUUCUACACAAUGUGGCUUUAAAAGACCUCUGAUUCUCUGCACACUUGUCACAGGUGUGACAUACUUACUUAUCUAUACUCAUUGAUUCGAAUUUUUGUAAAGUGUUUUUGCCUUUUCCCAGUUUGUACGUGAACAUCAAGUAUAUUUUGUGGUAAAACACCAAGUUUGAUCAAAGAGAUAACAAAAUCUAUUGGGACCACAUUGGAUUUCUUUUGACUGUUCCUUUAAAAGCCAUAAUUUGGAUUCAACUGAGGAUUCUCACAUAUGGGAAUUACUAUUUUUAUAUUGUAAAUAUUUUUUUAUAUUUCAUCGAAAAUGUGAAUAUCUAGUUUGCAUUUUGUAAUGCAACAGAUCUCACAACUGCAGGUCUUUGUAUAAUCUUAAUUAGCAAUAUGCAACAAGGUCCAAUUAGAAUUACAAAGAAUUUAUGAAAUGCUUAUUCCAAGGAACAAGUCAGUUUGUAAAGGCUGCAUUUUUUUUUAAUUAUUUGUGUACUUUGAUAUAAAAAUUAUUACCAAAACAUGCUCUUUCUUUGCAACUAUCAGCAGAACUCAGGUCUUAAUGUUAGCAUGUUCUCUUUUUAUAUACAUUUAACAUGUAGAGAUUUUAACAUGCAGCUCGAUCUAAUAUGUAAUCACCUCAUGUUACACCUUUGACUAACUGUGAACUUGAGCUUCAUACCCUGUAGAAAGGCCAUCAUGGAGUCAAUGUCCUCAGUCAUGUUUAUGUUGUUUUCACUAAUGUGGUAUCAUUUAGUCAACAUUAUACAUUGUCUCAUCAGUGUAUUGAUUUUGUUAGUUGUAUCAUUUGGAAGCUAACAUUUAUUUAGCAGUGUGAUGUAAAACUUUGAUGUGUCACACUUGUAUUUGUGCUAAAUAGCAGAUGCCAAUUAAGGUCAUGAACUCAUUUUUAGCUGCAAAAUUAUUUUUCCAUGAACUGAAAUGGUGGCAAAUAAAGUUUUUAAAGGUCAUAUGUCAAGUUAAUCAAUAAAACAACACUUGGAAUAA